UUGAACGCGUACGUGUUGUAUUCACUCGUAUUACUGAAGUCGAAGUGUGUCAAAUACGUUUGAUUGUGUAGGAAAUGGGGUUAUUUGUGGAUUUCUGUGUUGUAUAAAGCCAAGCAAAAAUCAUUAAGUUAUUGUCGGCUUACAUUUUGAAGGUCAACAUUGUUUUGUUUGCAUCAAUACGCGCAACUCUACUCUAGUCACCCUUUUACCCUUCCCGAAUCCCGACCCGACUACUAUUCAGUCGUUACGUCAAAAACAGUUCUCAUGCAGGGACAAAUACAGCAGCCAUCUACUCAGUUGUCGGGGACUAAUGUUAUUCUGAAAUCGAUGAAUGAAAUUCAGCAACUGUCAACAGUUGGUCUCCUUGAGUUGGCUCACAGGGAGUACCAGGCUGGCGACUACGAGAAUGCAGAGAGGCAUUGUAUGCAGCUGUGGAGACAGGAGACCAACAAUACUGGCGUUUUGCUGCUCCUCUCCUCAAUUCACUUCCAAUGUCGCAGACUGGACAAGUCUGCUCACUUCAGCACCUUGGCCAUAAAGCAGAACCCUCUGCUGGCCGAAGCCUACAGCAACCUGGGCAACGUUUAUAAGGAGAGGUGUCAGCUUCAAGAGGCCUUGGAGAACUACAGGCAUGCGGUCAGGCUCAAACCGGACUUUAUAGACGGAUACAUCAACUUGGCCGCGGCUCUGGUAGCGGCCAAUGAUAUGGAACAGGCUGUACAAGCGUAUGUGACGGCUCUGCAGUAUAAUCCGGACUUGUACUGUGUAAGAAGUGAUUUGGGCAAUCUUUUAAAAGCCCUUGGACGCCUGGAUGAAGCCAAGGCUUGUUACUUGAAGGCUAUAGAGACUCGGCCGGACUUCGCAGUGGCUUGGAGCAACCUUGGGUGUGUGUUUAAUGCUCAAGGAGAAAUAUGGCUGGCGAUCCAUCACUUUGAGAAAGCCGUGGCAUUGGACCCCAACUUCUUGGAUGCUUACAUCAACUUGGGCAACGUCCUGAAGGAAGCGAGGAUCUUUGAUCGAGCGGUAGCAGCAUAUUUGAGGGCUCUUAACCUUAGCCCUAACAAUGCUGUUGUCCACGGCAACUUGGCCUGCGUCUACUAUGAACAGGGUCUCAUCGAUCUCGCCAUCGAUACAUAUCGCAGAGCCAUCGAGUUGCAGCCAAAUUUCCCCGAUGCCUACUGUAAUUUGGCAAAUGCCCUUAAGGAGAAAGGACAGGUGGUGGAGGCAGAAGAAUGCUACAACACUGCUCUGCGGCUGUGCCCGUCACACGCAGACUCCCUCAACAACCUGGCCAACAUCAAGAGGGAGCAAGGCUACAUCGAGGAAGCCACAAGACUCUACCUCAAGGCUCUGGAGGUGUUCCCGGAGUUUGCGGCAGCCCACAGCAACUUGGCGUCCGUCCUGCAACAGCAAGGGAAACUCAACGAGGCUCUGAUGCACUACAAGGAGGCCAUCCGCAUACAGCCGACCUUUGCGGAUGCCUACAGCAACAUGGGAAACACGCUGAAGGAGAUGCAAGACAUACAAGGAGCUUUGCAGUGCUACACACGAGCCAUACAGAUCAACCCUGCGUUCGCUGACGCUCAUAGCAACCUCGCCUCCAUUCACAAGGACUCCGGCAACAUUCCCGAGGCCAUCCAGUCGUACAGGACUGCGCUGAAGUUAAAACCGGACUUCCCAGAUGCGUACUGCAAUCUGGCGCACUGUUUGCAAAUAGUGUGCGACUGGACGGACUACGACGCACGGAUGAAGAAGUUGGUGAGCAUCGUAGCCGAACAGCUAGACAAGAACAGGCUGCCGUCGGUACAUCCACACCACUCCAUGCUGUACCCUCUGACACAUGAGUUCCGCAAGGCCAUCGCGGCACGACAUGCCAACUUGUGUCUGGAGAAGAUUCACGUUCUCCACAAACCACCUUACAAGUAUCCGAAGGAGGUGAGCGGCCGGCUGCGUAUCGGCUACGUCUCGUCAGACUUUGGCAACCACCCGACCUCACAUCUGAUGCAGAGUAUCCCCGGCCUCCACGAUAGGUCCAGGGUGGAGAUAUUCUGCUACGCUCUCAGUGCGGACGACGGAACCACCUUCCGCACCAAGAUAGCCCGCGAGUCCGAACACUUCAUUGACCUCUCACAGAUCCCAUGCAACGGCAAAGCAGCAGACAGAAUUAAUGCAGAUGGAAUCCACAUCCUGGUCAACAUGAACGGAUACACCAAGGGAGCCAGGAAUGAGAUAUUUGCACUCCGUCCAGCACCUGUGCAGGUGAUGUGGCUAGGCUACCCUGGCACUAGUGGAGCCUCCUUCAUGGACUACUUGAUCACCGACCAGGUGACUUCUCCGGUAGAGCUUGCGCCGCAGUACAGCGAGAAACUGGCGUUCAUGCCUCACACUUACUUCGUUGGAGACCACAGGCAGAUGUUCCCCCAUCUAAAAGAACGAGUCGUUCUUACUGAAAAGUUGGGAGGCAAGAAAGAUAUUGCGGACAACGUGGCUGUGAUCAACGCCACCGAUCUCUCUCCCAUUAUGGAGAGCACUCAGGUGAAGGAGGUGAAGGUUGUGGCACCUCAAGUAGACAACAAGAACAGUCGACCUGUUGAGAUCUCACUCAAAGUGGCCGAACUCUCCAAUGCUUCACCUAUUGAAACAAUGAUAGCCUCCGGCCAGAUUCAGACGUCAGUGAACGGAGUGGUCGUACAGAACGGACUCGCCACCAACCAGACCAACAACAAAGCAGCUACUGGAGAAGAGGUGCCGCAAACUAUAGUGAUCACCACCAGGCAGCAGUACGGGCUGCCAGACGACGCAAUAGUCUACUGCAACUUCAACCAGCUGUACAAGAUUGACCCACCUACGCUGCAGAUGUGGGUGCAUAUACUGAAGAACGUGCCCAACGCAGUGUUGUGGCUGCUGCGGUUCCCGGCCGUAGGAGAGCAGAAUCUGCAAGCUGCGGCGCAGGCUCUGGGUCUACCCCCGGGCCGUCUGUUGUUCUCCAACGUUGCCGCCAAAGAGGAGCAUGUGCGACGUGGCCAGCUAGCUGACGUGUGCCUGGACACUCCUCUCUGUAAUGGACACACUACCAGCAUGGACGUGCUGUGGACCGGCACACCAGUAGUCACACUGCCAGGUGAGACGCUGGCUUCACGAGUAGCAGCCUCUCAGCUAGCCACUCUAGGAGUGCCAGAACUGAUCGCUCGCACCAGAGCUGAGUAUCAGCAGAUCGCAAUCCGUCUCGGCACUGACAGAGAAUAUUUGAAGGCCAUCCGUGCCGAGGUGUGGCGUGCACGCACCGAGAGUCCACUGUUUGACUGUAAGCAGUACGCUACAGGCAUGGAGACCCUCUACAGGAUCAUGUGGAACCGUCACGCCACCGGCGACAAGCCCGACCAUAUCUCCGCACAAAAUGUAGACUGAAUCAAUCGUUUUAUGUAAAGACAUAUUUCUAUUUUCCUCGUAGUUUUUUGAAGCAGUCGUUUAAGUGAUAAUAAGAUUUUACUACACAAUCGAUAAUAAACAAAUGAAGUAUUGACGAUGUCCAGUCGGCAUAUAAAUGUUACAGUUGCUGUUCCGAUUUUAAAUAUUUGUUUCAUUUGUGAAUGUCACCGCUUCCGAUAUUUUGUCCCUAUUUUAUUGAUAGAUGUUAGAUGUUUGAUAUUAGUUAAGGAUAUUUCCGGUAGAGUGAGAAGUGUUUCCUCCAUCGAUUCUUUUACGAGCAGAGAUGAAAGAUGGAUAAUGAUAUUUUAGACGUGUCCAAGUUGUUACUUUAAGACUUAUUUUAGUUUUUAGUUCAAUUCGGCAGUUUCAUCAUUUAAGGAUAAAAUGUAUUAAACUUUUAUGAAUGUUGCAUUUUCUAUAUGAAAAUAAUAACAAAUGAAUAAUGUUUCAAGAUGUUCCGUUUUAUUUAUUUGUACAUUUUGCCAAAGCUUUUUAAUAAUCUAGUAUCAGCACUGUUGUAUUUGCUGGUAUUAAAUAAAUAUUUUGAAAUCUGA